GGAAAUUCACGGUCACGGCCCCACUAGUUCGAGGCUGCAACUCGGACUAGCACUCGUCCCCGUCUCGAGCCCAGACGCAGACGGCCACAAAAACGACGGCGGCGGAGCGCCAGGUCGUCGAUCUCCGAGCCUCGGCCCGCCGGCAUGGAGAAGGGAAAGGGCCUCGCUCGCCGCUGGGCGGUGGAGCUCCCCGACGCCUCCUCCUCCCCUGCCGUCCCCGACCCGCCCGGCUUCACCAGAUCCGCACCCGAUGCGGACGACGCCGCGGGUGCACGCCAGCGCAAGGACUCCGAGACUGCAUGGAAGGCGCAGAAAGCUUGGGAAGUCGCACAGGCCCCGUUCAAGAACCUGAUGAUGAUGGGAUUCAUGAUGUGGAUGGCAGGGAGCACCGUCCACCUCUUCAGCAUCGGAAUUACCUUCUCUGCUCUGUGGCAACCCCUCAACGCCCUCCGUUCUGUUGGGAAAGUUUUUGAACCAUUUAAGGACCCAAGGGUGGAUACUAUUGCUCCUAAGUUGCUCUUCAUUGCCCUCAAUUUGGCUGCCAUGGGUCUGGGUGUAUGGAAGCUUAAUACAUUGGGCCUUCUUCCAACAAAUCCAUCAGAUUGGGUAUCUUCACUGGCUCCUGCUCGGGAGGUUGAAUAUGCUGGAGGAGGGGUCCCCUUAAUUUAAUGACCAUUUCCACUUUGGAACUCAUUUUACUAGUUGUAAUAUUACAUCAGUACUGAGUGAAAUUUUACCCCUGCACUCCUGAAUACACGAGAAGUGCAGUUUUAUUUUGUGUGGACCUAGAUGAUUCUGUACCCAAUUUGCGACCGUGCAGCAAAGUCGCAGGAUAUCCACUGGACAGUAACAGACAGGCAGGUUUUAUUAUAGAUAGUUUGUUCAUUUCCCA